AUGGAACAUAUUUAUGUAAUACAUGUCAACUUGGCCAUGAUAAUAUCUCUACAAUAAUUGAAAGACAAUAUAGUUCUAAUACUAUAACUGCCCUUUGAAACCCAAACUCCAUCACCCACCACCAACUAAUGUCAUCGCAGGAGUACUCUCAACCAUUCCAUUGGCACUUCUCAACAGAACCCCACGACAAUGGUUUCGAAAUCCAUGGCCGUACACUCUUCUUCGUGGUUGUUCUUUUUGCCCUAGUAAUUCUCGUAACCCUUUUGUUCCUCUAUGCCCGUUGGGUCUGCCACUACCAGCAUCACCAUUUCCCAUCAAGCCAGGCCAACCACGCGCCGCACGACCUUUCGCCAUGCCAUCAAGGCCUUCACCCUACUGUCAUAAAGGCGAUGUCGAUAACUUUGCACCGGUCAUCAUCCUCGUCUUUAGGUUACUACUGUACUACUGAGUGUUGCAUAUGUCUAGGUGUGUUUGAAGAUGGUGAUAAGGUUAAGGUAUUGCCUGAAUGCAGCCACUGCUUCCAUAGUGAAUGUGUUGAUAAGUGGCUUACGGCACAGUCCAGUUGCCCACUUUGUAGAGCUUCCCUUCACCGUGACUCGGCUGUUAUUUCCAUCUUAACAGAGUAAACAAAUAUGCAUACAUACAGUGACUGAUUUACAUGUUCAUUUGAUGAAGUUUAAGGAGUUGUUAAUUAUUUAUGUAUAUUAAUUAUACCUGUACAUCAAUUUAUAUUGCUGUAAUAAUUACACAAAUACUUUAUGUAUCAUUGUCUCUGAGUAUAUAUAUGUUCUUUCUGUAUUA